GGGAAAUGUCGUUCUCUAAAAGAAAGACGCGUGGAUUCCUUGGUCUCACGUAACAAACCGAUCACGAUUCAAGACAACCUUAUUAAACACGCUUUAAAAUGAAAACGAAACGCUUGAGAAACGUCGCGUUAUCUGUUCCACCAAACAAAGUUUUAUAGGCUUGCGGAAGUGGACGCGAACUACAAGUACCGCGGGCACGCGCCCUGCGCUCGAGAGAGUGUAAACAGUACUCCAGGAACAUGAAGCGAUCGGAUGACAGUGAGAGGGAAAAGAGGAGAAAGAGGCGUCGUCUCAUACAGGAACUCGGCGAGCAGAAGAUCCCCUUCCUGACUCCGUCUGAUUCCGGCUUCCAGCAGCUAUGGGACACCAGUUAUUCUGGACUGAUGGUGCGGCGGUCAGGCAGCCUUCCCCCUGGCCUGGACGAGCGCGUUCAAUCCGCGCUGAGGACUCUGCGUGACCGAGGCUGCCUCCUGAGGGACCUUGUGCGUGUUCGAGAGCGAGACGUGUUCACGGCCGUGUCGCGUGCCCUCGUCGGCCACGCCGGCAGCACCUACCGCUACCUGGACACCCGUCUCUUCACCAUCCCCUGGCACUGCGAGGAAGACGAGGGCCUGGGACGUGACGAAGAGCACGGAGACAAACCAUGCUGUGACGCCGGGCUAAGAGCCGCCUGCAAAGCCUUAUGGGAGCUGAACCAGUUCUUCUGCUCUGACGUGCAACAGCAUCAGAAGACCCGGGCCAGCAAACGCAAGCGCAGCGAAGCAGAAGAAGAGGAGGAAGAAAAAGAAAAGACAGAAAGUGAAGGAUGUUCAGAAGAUCGAACGUGUGAAGAAAAGGAAGAGAAGAAGGCGGGGGAAGAUUCAGAUAGUGGACAGGGUUGCUCUCGCUUGUCUCCUCCUUCUAACAAGUCCGGCCCGAUCCGGUUUAACAUCACGCUCAUUAACUACAUGGACCCGGCCAGCAUGAGCCAGCUGAAGGAGGAGCCGUAUUACGGCAUGGGGAAGAUGGCAGUGGGAUGGCACCAUGACGAGAACCUCGUUCCUCUUUCUCCUGUCGCAGUUUACAGCUACAGCUGCCCGGGAGAGACCAAGACUGAAGUAAAGCCAGCUGAGGAAAAAGAAGGACAGACAUCAAACGAAGCAGACAAAGGGGACAAAGAAGGAGGGAGCCGGCAAGAAGUGGAGAAAGCAGGGGACGAGGGGACGAGUAAAGAGGAAGGAGCGAAAGAGAAGGCGUGCUGGCGUGUCGGGUUGAAGGUGGCCUGGGACAUCCACACACCAGGGUUAGCCCUGCCACUGCAGUCCGGAGACUGCUAUUACAUGACAGAUGAUCUGAACAGGACACACCAGCAUUGCGUACUAGCAGGAGACACGGCCAGAUUCAGCUCGACACACAGAGUCGCACAGUGCGUAACAGGAACCUUGGAGUACAUCCAGAAACGCUGCUCUGAAGCUCUGGAGAACUUGCACACAGAUCCAGAGACUGGUGCAAAGAGUCUACGCUCGCUUCUCCUCACCACCAUACAGCACAUAGAGGACAUCCAUAAUGAGGUGGAGUUUGAAUGGCUGAGGCAGUAUUGGUUCCAGGGCCGGCGUUAUGCUCGUUUCUGCAGCUGGUGGAGUAAACCCAUGGAGCGUCUGGAGACUGACUGGAAGCAGAUGGAGAGGAUGACUGAGCUGCUCCUGGCGGUGGUGGAGGAUGAGAGCAAUGUUCAGGAGAAUCGACAGGAGAUGGCUGAGACUCUGCUUAAUGCUCUGAGUGACAGACAGCAGCAUAGGCAGACCUGGAGGGACAGAUGCCAAUCGAGCCUGGCGCAGACUCUCCCCCCUGAGGAAGCUCCCGUCGACCGACCGUACUGGACCGGCGACGAUCCCGAUAUGCCUCUGCCUUUUGACCUCUCCGACAUCAUCAGCCGGGUGGAGUCACUCCUCUGGAGAAUGUGAACAUUUGAGUCAGACAAUGAAAGAGAGAGGCAGAAAGAGAUAGAGGUACCAUGUAGAAGUGGUACAGGUCAUACAAGAACUGCACUUACUGUACCUGGGGAUGAGCAUACACACACACACAGACACACAUCUACACACACAUCUACACACACACACAUCUACACAAACACACAGACACACACAUACAUACACCCACACACACACCAAACACAAGAUUCCACCAUCGCAUGGACGAACGGACGGAAAAGAAGAACGAAACAGGACGAGACUGAGUUCUUUUUAAUCUUUCUCAUUUCUUCCUUCAUGGUUGUUUAACUUGUAGUGUUACGAUGCGAACGCAUUUAAACAUUUCAGCAGUAGCUUUCAGAAACCUAGUCAUCCAGUAGUGUACGAUUUUACUCACAUAGUGUCUUUUAACAAGCUGUGUCUGUCCUGCAUCACGUAUACAGUAUACACAUCGCGCUUUACCAUGCACUUAUUGCUAGUUAUCUGAAGAUACAGAGAGGGAACGCAGCCACCAGGAUGGGAGGGAGGUCAUGUGACUGAUGUCUGAUGAUGUCAUAACGAGUCUGUAGUUUUCAGUUUUCAGUCUUUGCGUGUCAGUAUUGCCGAUUUCGAUUGUGUUUGCUUUUUUCUGCUAGUGUGUGUGUGUGUGUGUGUGUGUGUGUGUGUGUGUGUGAGACCUUGUGUACUCCUUGUGUGUGUGUGUGUGUGUGUG